AUGGCAAACGCAACUCAAUACUUGGAGGAGAAUUACCCUAGUUCAAUAAGAGCAUCGAUUACUGAUUUGGACUUGAGUAAUAAAAAUUUUGUUGGUGAUUUAACAAUAAGUGGAUUUGUUAAUCUACAGAAGUUGAAUUAUUCUUUUAAUAAUUUCAAUGGUAGUAUUAAUGUGGUUAAUUUUUCAAAUAUACAAGAACUCGAUAGUUCUUCCAUCAAUAAUGCCCGAGAUCACGUGUAUGCGAAUAUGAAUAAACUUCAAAGGAACACUAAAUUUAGUAAAGGUCAAGUGACAUUUCCUAAUUCUUCGGUGUUUGACUGUCAGAAAAAUAUUCUUCUUCCCCCAGGAAUACAACCAACAAAUAAUCCUGAAACACCACCCCCUAAUGAUAAUUUAGGUUUAAAAAUUGGUCUCAGUGUUGGCAUUAUUUCCGCCUACUAA